UAAAUAAGCUUUAUAAGAUAAGUAAAUAAAUUCGUAGUAUAUUUAUGUACGUAAUCAGAUAUGAUCUACGUACAAGUUCAUCAAAUAUAUUCGCGUUCGAUGCAUAACAAAUAAUCUUAAAAAGAAACAGUGAUUCAUGCAACAAGUUAUGAUUCGAAUCGCAAGAAGAGAGCGUAAUAAGUAUGACACUUUGACCAAUUUUAGUUCGUUAGCGGGUCAACCCGAGUGACCCAAAAAGUCCUCAUGGUUAAGUGAAUUUACUCGUUUAUGUCAGUUCAUAAGAUGAACGAGAAACUCUGAUAAUUUUCUCUUAUCAAUGCAAUAAAAAGAAUAACAAAAAUUGUAUACUCACAUUUUUUUUUUUUUUGUUAGCGUUAUCUUUUCGUCGACGAAAGUCGAUGAAAUAUAAACAUAUCAAAUUUAGUUAUUAUUAUUAUUAUUAUUUAUAAUUUUAUCUCGAGAAAAAGAUAAGAGUCCUUUUUGUUAACAAAUAAAACGUUUUAAUACAAUCGAAUUUUAUACCACAUUACUUUUAAUCCCGACAUUAAUAUAAUAAUUUAAUUAAUAAUAAUACCUUAUCAAUCGCCAUAGAUAAAUUUAAAAAAUUAAAAUGAAAAUCGAUAUCAGUAAUAUAUCAAUUUAUUGCAGGGUCAGUUUUCAUAUGGCGGGAGGAAUGGAAUAUUAUGAAAAUGAGUAAUAAGACGUGGAGGAGAGUGAAGAAGAAAUGAAAAGAGUGGGAGAAAGAUAAAAUGUUGACAUUUUCAUGUCCAUCAUUGUAUAUAGUUGGCAACGGUACAAAAGGCUUAUGUGUGAAAACAAGUACACGAUUUAGACAAAUUAUUAUAUAUAUAUAUAUAUAUAUAUACAUAUUGUAUAUAUAUUCGUAGUAAUAAUUAUAACAACAAGAAAAAAAUGUGUGACGUUAAUGAAAUAGUAAGAAUCUUAAUCAGUAAAGAAAGAAAAAAUUUGUCGCCGUAGUUUCUCUUUGUGAAUGUUAUCGAAAAGAGAAGAGAGAAGAGGAGAAAAGGAAAGAAGAACUCUACAAGUAUAAAUAAUGGGAUUAGUCGGCUAAUGGGGUAAAAAGAAGACGAUGAAAAAAGAUAUCGUUAACGCAUAAGAAAGAAAUUUUGUCAAUUAAAAAUCUAUAAAGAAUGUAAAUGUGAAAGGGAAAAAAAAAAAAUAUUAUACGAGGUUGAUAAGAACGAGAAAUUUUUAAUGGACAGAUGCAGUGCCAAAUAGUGAUAAUAUGCCUUUUGUAUGUGGGGGUGGUGUAUGCACGUACAGAAGAAGAUCAACAGGCAUCAAGUAGUUCCAAUACCAACGGAAUUACAGAAAUUUUUUCAGGACUUUCGGAACAAUGUUUUUAUCGGCCACCAUCCGAUUGUCCUGACUUAAACGUCGAUUGUCCAUGUAAGAAAAUUAAUCUAUCGCGCAAUUACGAAAGUGACGCAGUACUUUGUUGCAAUUUAGAUAAUCAUACUCUCAAAUAUGGUUUCUCAUGCGUUGGAUUUCAAUCAAAUAUAUCUUAUGUUCAUAUUCGUAAUGCUACCUUGGACACAUUUGAUGCCACAGAAACACGAUGGAGAAGUUUAAAGUCACUUGCCAUAACCGAUGGAAGAAUAAAUCGUGUCAAGGGGCAAUUCCUCAUAUUGGCACCAAUGUUAUGUUUGAAUCUUUCAAAUAAUGCUCUAAUCGAAGUAGACAAUAAUUCAUUAAUUAGAUUAGCACAGCUUACUACUUUGGAUUUAUCUUAUAAUAAUUUAACGCAUUUACCUGCACUGAAUACAAUGAAUGGUAGAGAAUUUUGGCUUGACAUUUCUGGAACUAAUACUCUCUGGUGUCAUGACAUUUAUCAAUAUAUCAAUAAAACAGGAGAGAAACAAAUUAAUUUUAAUAGGGAAAAUGAAACAGUAUGUUCUGCAAGUAAAACAUGGCAUUGGUUUAAUACUACAGAACAAGUACCAUUGCAACAAGUGCGUUAUCUUAGUCUGUUGCAGACAGAAUGUCCAAAAGGUGAUACUUGGCAAUGUCAAUGUAAUUUUAGAAGAUUAGAUAUAGUCGAAGGAAAACCACCUACAUUAGCAGUAAAUGUGGAUUGUAGUGGGAUACAAUUAACAGAAUUACCAGACAAAUUACCACGCAACACCAUAGCACUAAAUGUUUCUUACAACAAUAUCACAGUAUUAGAUGAUUUGAGUACCAAUCCAUGUUAUGAAGAUAUACGUGAAUUUUAUGCUGACUAUAAUAAUAUAUCAUCAAUCAAUAAAUUAGAAGGUUCCAAAUUUUUAGAUAAUUAUGCACUACUCAGUUUAAGAUACAAUAAAAUUAAAUCGCUUCCAACUUAUAUUUUAAGUCUUAAUGUGCAUGAUAAAAGUUUUGUAAGUUCUCGAUUAGUUAAACUUGGUGGAAAUGAAUUGCAUUGUGAUUGUAAUACUGCUAAAUAUUUAAAGGUGUGGUUGCAAACACGUAUAUUAGAUUCAGAUGAAGUUUUAUGCGAAAAUGUAAAAGAAAAGGUGGUUGAUUUAGAGCCAUCAAAAAUGUGUGUCUAUCCUGGAGAUUGGACUGAUUAUAUUUAUUACAUAAUUGCUACUGAAGUGAUAUUAUUGAUAAGUCUGAUAGCUAAAGUUUCUUAUGAUUAUUGGGUAUUUAAAACUGCUGGUUAUUUGCCAUGGCCAGCCAAUAAGAUGCCAAAGCUGCCUUGUGAUUGGCUAUGUGAAACGUAAAAGAAUAUUAUAUUGAUAAUUAUAAA